CCCCCGAUGGAGCCCGACCGCCUCCCGAACCGUUUGGGGCGGUGCUGGGCGGACUGCCCCCCGGGGCAAGGGCUGUGCCGAGGCCUCCUCCCGCCCUGCGGGCCCGGGCCCGGCCCCAACGCCGUGUACACGGUGCUGCUGGACGAGCCGCUGUGGGGGCGGGAGCCGCCGGCCCCGCUGCACCAGCAGGGUCCCAUCCAUUGCAGUGGCCCCCCAGGGGCAGAGGAAGAGCUGCCACUGGUCCUGAAUGGUAGGAGGCCCGAGGAGCGGUGGGGGCUGACCAGCCCGCUGUCCAGCUGGCCGGAGGAGGCCGAGUGGGAGCAGAACCGCCUACUGCAGUCACCUUACAUCCCGGUGCCGCGGCACAGGCACCCUGUUCCCGGAAAGGCUGGACUGGACGAAGUCAUGGCGGCCGCAGUGCUCACCAGCCUGUCCACCAGUCCCCUGGUGCUGGGCCCCCCCACGGCCCCCUUCGGCACCGAGCCCUGCUGUGAGCCUUGGAAGGAGGGCCCAGUGGUGUCCAGCAGCUACGGCAGCAGCAACAACAGCGGUGACUGGGGCUGGGACCCUCCAAGCGACCAGUCCACCCCCUCCACCCCGUCUCCCCCGCUGCCCCCUGAGGCCGGCCGCAGCCUCCUGUCAUGUGCCGAGGAGACCGAAGCUGCCCACUUUCUGUUUGGGGACCCCAUUCCUAGGAAGAGGAAGAACUCGGUGAAGGUCAUGUUCAAGUGCCUGUGGAAGAACUGCGGGAAGGUGCUGAGCACAUCUUCGGGGAUCCAGAAGCACAUUCGCACGAUGCAUCUGGGCCGCCGGGCCGAGCCGGAGCAGAGCGACGGAGAGGAGGAUUUCUACUACACAGAGCUGGACAUCAACAUGGACUCGCUGACUGACGGCCUAUCCAGCCUGACCCCGAUGUCGCCCACCUCCUCGGCACCCCCAGUCUUCCCUGGCCAGGAGCUGCCUGCCCCGCUGCAGCCAGAGGCCUUGCCCGUGUCCCCUCUCAGUCCCUUGGCCCCAACCUCUCUCUGCCACAUCCACACUGACCACGCCUACCAGGCUGUGGCUCCGGUGGGGCUCCCUGUGGCCCCUGCCCCACCUGGUGGGAUGGCCCUCAGCAUCUGGCAGCCCUCCCCACCCCCCGGGCUUUUUAACGAGUCCGCGGGCUGCCUGGCUCCGGUGCGCCCCAUAGGCCUAGGGGACAAGCGGCUGCUGAUCCCCCACCCGUCGGUCAUCAAGUCUCCAGCUCCGGCUGCCUCUUCUGGCCCGAGGCCAGCCAUGGGAUCCAGGAAGCCCCGGGGAGAGGCCAAGAAAUGCCGGAAGGUGUACGGGAUGGAGAAUCGGGAUAUGUGGUGCACGGCCUGCCGCUGGAAGAAGGCUUGCCAGAGGUUCCUUGACUGAGGCCCGGCCCGCAGCAGCUCCGCGGCCCCUCGGCCGACCCCCCGGGCUCCGGCGGGCCCAGCGGCAGCUUCCCGUGCCCUUCUUGCACAGUUUGCACUGCAGGUGCCUUGAAGCCCCUCCGCCGCUCCUUCCUCCCUCCUUCCCCUCCCCGCCGCCGCCGCCGCCGCUGCCCGCCGCCGUCUCAGACUGACUGGGACCACCAGGUUCUGGGCCUCUCUGUCCCUCCUCCUCUGAGCCCCUUCCCGAGGGGCCAGAAAGUCUCCACAGGAAGCCCCUGACUAGUGAGGUGAGGGGGUUGAGGGCGCUGGUACUGAUGCUAUUUCCUCUCAGGCCUGGUCCCCUCCCCACCCCACCGACCCCACGUUCCUUGGGGCUUUUUAAAUCAAGAGAAAAUAAGCUAUUUUCCCCAAACUCCGCCACUCCCAGGUGGGGUGCCCUUCCGGGAGGUCGGGGAGCAGGGCCCAGGCCGAGGGGCCGAGCAGCCCGGACCCAUUCCCGUGGCCACCAGAGCCAUGGCCCUUCUGGCUCGGAAGAGGGGGGAGCGAAUUCAGAAAGGGGCACGGGGCCCUGCUAGGCUCUGGGCCCUCUCUGAAAAAGGCUUUACGAGCUGAGGGCGAGGAGUGGGCUGGCCCGGCAGUGGCCAGAAGCGGCCGGAGCUUUGACCCUGGGGGCCGGGGUUUGUGCCCCUGACCAACAGAGCCAGUGGUCGAGGGAGAACUUGAGGAAGUGCCUGUGAGGAAAACCAGCCAUUUGCACUAAAGCCAAACUGCACAGAGAGUGCGUCCCCCCCUCCACCCCAGCCCGCCUGCCCCUUGUCAUUGGAGUAAACAAGUAUUGUAUUGACCAGGCCCUGGCCUCCCCAGGCCCCCUCUCCCCCUCCCGCCCAGCAUCAAGGCUGACUGUGGCAGCUGCUGCCUCGUCCCCCACUUCCCCCCGACUCUGCCCGGUGCCCCAGUCCCAUUCCAAUUUGCUCAGCUGGGGGAAAUGUGUGUGUGUGUGGGGUGUCCAAACGGUCCCAGCUCGGCGACAAUCCUGCCUCCCGAUUGGGCAGUGUGUGUGUUUUUUGUGUGUGUAUGUGAAUAUGUGCUCGUGCCUGAGAGUGCCACGUGUUUGUGAGCCCCAGGGGUCCUCCCUUUCUCUCCCCCCUCCAGGUGUGGGUGUGAAUGUUUUUGUAAAAGUCGCGUUUUGUACAACAAAUGUUUGGAUUUUCCCUCUUUGGUUUUGUUACGGCCAUCUCUUGACUUUAUAAAAGCAAAAAGAAGACAAAGUCUUUGGUGGGGGGGG